AUGCCGGCAGAGCAGCGGCGGGUGCUGCAGGAGCAGUUGGGGGGGCUCAUCCUGCACGUGCUGCGCGCCCACCCCCAGCUUCACUACUACCAGGGUCCCCGCCACCCUGUGUGGGGUGCCAUGAUGGGGGACUUCAUGGACCCCACGAUGGACAGCACCAAACACAUCCUGACCUCCCUCAUGCCGCUGCUGCAGCGUGAGAGCCCGCGCCUCCACGACUUCAUGCAGCGGGCGGAGGGGGGCACCGUCUUUGCCUUGAGUUGGCUCAUCACUUGGUACGGCCAUGUCCUCACCGACUUCCACCACCUCCUUCGCCUCUAUGACUUCUUCCUUGCCUCCCACCCCCUCAUGCCCGUCUACUUCGCUGCCGUGGUGGUCCUACACCGGGAGGAGGAGGUGCUGGCCACCCCUUGCGACAUGCCCAGCGUCCACCAGCUCCUCUCCCGCCUCCCUCAGGAUUUGCCCUACGAGCAGUUGGUGCUGCGGGCUCAGGAGCUUUUCCAGCGGCACCCGCACACCCGCCUAGCCCGGCAGCACCGCAAGAG